AUGGAAACAGAGCAGCAGAACAAACUCCCUUUCUUGGACAUCGCCGUUGACAACUCCAACAACCAGCUCACCACGCAGCAGCUUCGCAAAAUAGGCGAGUGUAGUCUCACAGUUGGAGAUCAGUCUAUCUGCCCUGUGCCCCAGGUGAAGAAUCUUGGUGUUGUUUUCCGUUCUUCAAUGUCACCAGAAUCACAAGCCCUAACAGCAGCAAGAUCAGCAACCUUUCAUCUCCGCCGAAUAGGAAAAAUCCGCCGCUAUUUGGACAUUGACACAACCAAACUUUUAGUACAGUCAUACGUCAUUUCACGCCUAGACUACUGUAACUCCCUCGUGUCAGGAGCAGCAGCAAUCCAACAUCUCCAGUUUGUACAAAACAGAGCUGCCAGGAUCAUAACCAGGACAAAAUGUCAGGAACACAUCACCCCUGUGCUGAGGUCGUUGCACUGGCUCCCAGUAAAGAGGAGAAUACAGUACAAAAUAAUUUGCAUCACCUACUCAACCCUCUAUGACAUCAAUUCACCAGCUUACCUCAAAGACAUCAUCGAAAUCUAUCGUCCAACUCGUGUCUUGAGGUCUGAGAAAAGAGGCAGCCUGAAAAUGCCAGCUACAAAAACAUCCAUGGGAGACAGAGCUUUCAGUGCUGCUGCACCAGCUUUGUGGAACUCUCUGCCAGUUGAACUGAGAUCAGUAUCUUCCCUGGAAGCAUUUAGGAGCCAACUAAAAACUCAUCUCUUUCUAGCUACCUACUAG